GGUAGUUGGAUACCCAACGGAGGGGGACAAGUGCUCCUGGUGUUUUCCACUUCCACUUGUUCAGUCCCAGAGCCGGCCCCAGACGGCGAAUAAUCAUCCAAGAAAUUUUCUAAACACUCUUUCAUGAUUCAUCUAAUAAUUCAUUCAGUGACUCCGUCGACCAAUUCCUAAUUAUUCCUGUGGUGAUUGAAAAAGUGAUUUUUUUUUCAUCCCCUGGUACCGUUGGAGAUUGUGAAAAUAGUGGUGGUUGUGAACAAGUGCGGAUUCAUGUAAGCUUUGGAGUACAACAGGAGGAGAAGACCUCGGCGGGAUUUUCAUUCGACGAAGCUCCAAACAUGCUCGAGAGGAGAUGGCUACUGCUCACACUCUACGGGAUUUUCUUGGCCUUCGCUGUGUCAGAUGCUGUGAAAGCAAGCAGACAAAAAUUCAAAAUAGCAACAACCAGCACAACAACUGAAGAGCCUAAUAAUGGCGAAGACGUUGAGGCAACAACUCUGUCGGGAGAUGUUAAUGCAACAACUGGUCACACCUUGACUGGUAUACCACAGAUUGAUUACAUAUGGGAUCCAAAUUUACCACGUGAACUCAAUGGUUACAAUCUCAGUGAAUAUCCAUUCUACGAUAGUAUACCCAAGGAAAUUGACUUCAAGUGUGACGGAUUGCAUGAUGGUUUUUAUGCCAGUGUGCCACACAAGUGCCAGGUGUAUCACCAUUGUCUCUAUGGCACGCGCUAUGACUUCCUCUGCGCGAACUUUACCGCGUUCGAUCAGAAGACAUUCAUAUGUCAUUUUGCGUCAGAGGUUGACUGCGCCAAUUCCAAGAAGUACUGGCACAGGAAUGAUGCCCUUUAUAAAGCAGCUAGUACCACCCCACCGCCCACGCCCUCAACAACAACGACCGUGAGAACAACAACGACGACAUUACCACCACCAUCGGGUGAAGGUAAUCGUCCAACAAGAAGGAGACGACCCUUCCGAAGACGCCCGGCAUAUGACUACUACGAGGAGGAUUACUACGAUGAUGAGUUUGAUCGUCCAAGGGGCCGAGGCAGUUACGACAGACGAGACGAUUACGAUUACGAGGAUCGCAAGUACAUGAGAAGAGAUCGUGAUCGCGAUCGUGAGUUCAGAGAUCGUGACAGGGAGUACCGAGAAAGAGAUGUGCCACGCAGAGAGAAUGAUCGGCCCGAGAGACCGGCGAGGGACGAGAGGGAUCCAGCGAUGGUCAGCCCUCGGGAGAGAUUUCACAUGAAGAAUAAUAGGAGGGAGCCAGCGAGACCGUUGAGGGAUCCCAUUCACGAGGACAUUAGGCCCAUCAGGACACGUGACCCUGACGACGUCGAGGACGACAGACGAGUCGACGAGCGUCGGUACGAAAAAGUUCCCAUUAAAGAUGAUUACGACGAAGAUCCACCGACAGCACCAUCCGGCCCAACUUCCGUAGAUAGCCUGGUGAAGCCAGCAGCGCCAGCAGCUUCUGUCUACUCACGUCCACGAACACCUCCAAAGAUCCGAAGACCUGUACCACUAUCUGAACAAGAUAGAUUCGCGUACAAAGCAACAUCAGUUCAACCACCCGCUGCAGGCGAAGCCCGAAAGCGUCCGACCGAAGCACCACUCCCCGAUGAUGACUACUACGAUGACGAACUAGAAGACAUUCGUCCGAGACGACCGAUGCGACCGAGAAGACCGUACAGAGAGCGAGAGAGAACAUUCUACGAUGCGCCGAGGGACAUGCGAGACCGCGAACGUGAUCGACCCUUCAGGAGUCGAUAUCGCGACGAGGACGACGAGAUCAGACCGAGGAAGCAUCAGGAACGCCCGAGGGAUAGAUACUACGAGCGCAGCAGAGAUAGAGCAUUGGAUAGAGGUAAAGAUAGGGCAGCUGAACGAGAAUUGAGACCGGUGGGAAGACGUCCGCUGGACAGAGAGGAGAAGGAGGAUCGCGUGACGACUGGAAGGGACAAAGAUAUCCCAGAAGAGAUCAAAGAGCCUAGGAAAUCUUACAAGCAAGGGGAGACAACCACAACAACAAGUACAACAACGACAACUACGACUACAACAGUGCGACCGGAAACUACGAGACCACCUGCAGAGCCUGAGAAGCAUCUCUUGGACGAUGAUUACACCCUGAGAGCAAUCCCUCCAAAAGCUGAGAAGCCGUCGUCUGAUCAUCAAGCGAAAACAGGACGUGUGAAAACCGAGGACUACUCCGAUGACUACUACGAUGAGCCAGAGUACCCACCUUCCCCACCGCCAAGGACAGCUGUGAGAAUCGUGAAACGUCCGUUCCUACCGUCACGUGGAGGUAAUCCGAAUCCUAGAGGAUUGUACCCGGUAGGUGGGAAGGCACCUGAACUUAGGAAGGAGGUGAAUCACUCGAAGUCUGAGAAGACAGGGGAUGACCAGCGGAAUUCAGGAGUCGAUGACAAGCGAGUUUACGAUGCUUACAAGGUGAUUCAGGCUGAUGCGCAGCAGAAGAGGCCUGACUUUGAGAGAACUGUCGUUAGAAGACCUGUUGAGGCUGCCAGGGAGGGGGAUGCUAUUCAGGUUGAUAAUGCUGGCUUCAACGGUGUACAGAGAAGGCCUGAUGAGGACGACAGCGAGAGGAAGCCAGCGGUGCCUUGGAACGGAGAGGAAGUUCAUCGAGGCCACACAGAGAGUUCCAGCUCUUACGGGUCUUCUUACACUACUGAAGCGAACAGGGUUGACGUCACUGGACCAAGUGGACCUGGAGGCAAGCAGAGGAUCAAUGAAGUGUCCCAUCAACUUCAGGACAUCCCUGAGAGCGAAUACGAUGUGACCCUCAAUGAAGCACUGACACCGGCAUUCAAUCAGGAGUCGAGUCUUCCGAGUGGUUUCGUUCUGCCACUUCAUAGACAGCUGAAUCGAGAUCCUGUUAUUCAGUCUUCGGAGAAUAAUUACAAGAUUUCGAGGCCUUAUAAUGCACAGGGGGCGCAACAGGGUCAGAAGAGCUUUGUUCCUAGCUCGCAGUUUCUUCCGCUUGCCAGGAUUCCGGGUAAUGACGAGAGGUCUGGGUCUGUACAAUACUACAGGACUCCUGAGGCUGUUCAUGGGGCGAGCCAGUACAGACCGUCCAGGGCACCGUGGCACGAUUACACUGGAUACUGAGGACAAUUACGCAUCCUUUGAUUGAUUGAUUCAUUAAAUCGCUUGGAGACCUAGGUGUAAGUGGAACUAUCAGAGCAGAUGGGGGAUUUUGCGCUGAAGUGGAGGAUUUGGAAAUCAUAAUUGUGGAUAGCAGCUGAUGUUGCUUGCACUACACUUUGCGAAUAAAUCAUUACGAUCCUUUCUCCUUCUAAAGUGAAAACACUAUCAGUGAUAAUUAUUUUCGACUUCUAGUUGAUAAGUUCUUAAGGUCUGUCUCAUUAAUGAUUAGAUUUUUUUUAAAACUCCUUUCAAAGUAUCAACUUUUGGGGGGGGGGGGAUGAAUCCUUGUAAAUACUCAAUCAUCUGAUGAUUAAUGAUUAGUUUUCUAUCCUUUCUGUCUCCUUUUUCUUCUCGUUUAAAUUAUUUUACAUCUCCUUGGUCCGCGAAUGAGAGCGUCGUCAUGAUGUAUGUCAUUUUACUUUAUGUAAAUUAUGUCAAUAUGAUAAUAAAGUUUAGUGUUGUCUUGAA